AUGUGUAUAUACUGUCUAUGUGUGUCCCUGCUGUCAGUCAAUGAGGAGAACUCUGUUUAAUGUUAGAGUCGAGGCUUACUGUUUGCGAUGACUUUGGACAGCGGACGGAGACUGGGGAUUUGCACGUCCAGGUUCGGGGUUUGAGCGAUAAUGGCGGUGAACUGGGCCGAGACCUGGGCCGAGAGGAUCUCUGCUUUCUCCCGCAGUCCGUCUCGCUUCCUCUCCGGGACAACAGCUGAGGCUUUCCUCGCAGAGCUGCUCCGGGAGCUCCGAGAUGACCGAGCCACUUACAGCGUCAAGAUCCUCCUGUUGGCCCCCCUGUGUGAGUACCCGACUCUGCUGUGUCCCUCAGACUCGGUGGGUGAGGAGACAGCCCUGGAGCUCAUGUCAGUGCUCGUCCAGUGUCCUCCCAAGUCGGUCCAGUUUCGGUGUCACCUCCUCCUGGGCCUCACCUCAGUGCUCGUCUGCACCUCCUGCGUGAGCGGCCGCUCCCGUGCGUCUCAAGACUUCCUGGACCUGCUCCUCCAGAUAGCCCAGGACACCAGUGAUCUCCACGCCGAUGGUGCUCUGCGCUCUUUACGGGCCACAGCUUGUGACUGCCUGCGGGAGUUGGAGGCCUGCUCUCCAGGCCUUCUCUCCCAGCGCCUCGAGCUCUUGAGUGGGCUCCGGCAGCGAGAGACAUCCCGGCUCCACCAGGCCUAUGCGGGACUCCACACUCUGGUGUUGAGAAACGCCGUGUACCAGCUCACCCAGGAGACAGGAGCUGGUGCUGAGCAUCUUAAGGCUCUUCUGGGAGGAAAUACAUCAGUCGCAUGGGAGGCGGAGCUGGACUCAGGCCCGACGCAGGACGAAGACCCAGCUGUACUGUCUUCUCUCAUCCUGGGACCCAUGGGUACAGUGCCAACCCUCCAGACUGGGCCUGAUUGUAAGGAGUUGCGUUCAGUCCUCUCCUCCCUCCUGGAGGAGUCCUACCUCCUCACUGCUCCGUGUCAGGCUGCACUGCUGCAUAGGCUGACAGAGGUGGUUGCCAUGGUGCCUGGUGUCCCUCCCGCCGUAUUCAGAGCUCAGCUGCUGCGACUGCUGGGCACGAGCGAGGUUUGCCUCCUUCACACCACUCUGCUGAUGAAGUGUGCGUUCACAGACAGCCUGUUCAGCGCGGAAGACGAAGCUUUCAUCCUCCAGCGGCUGGUCGUGCUCUCCCAGCACCCACUGCUACGCACACCCGAGAAGCUUUUCUACACGGACUGCAUCCUGCACUUCCCCGAGAAUCGGCCAAUCGGCUGCGGCGACGGCGACGAGACCCUCCCCGUGCUGCUGACCCCGCGGCUUGCCUCGGCUUUGGUGCCCACCGUGUUCAAUGACAGCGCCACCAUGCUGGCCCGCAUCAACCUGCUGUCUCUGGUCUACCUGGAGGAGGGAGAGGAAGGGGACGGAGAGGGGGGCAGGGGGCUGGCCUACCUCUACGAACACCUCACCUCGCUGCUGCACAUUGUGGAAAACGGAGGCAGCCGAGAGAACGUUGUCACCUUCUUCAGAGCCGCCUUCCUCUUCCUUUUCUACUUCUGCCACGUGGAGCGCUACUUUCACAGCAUGAUGGAGAAGCUGAGUACGGUCUACCUCUGCCACACCCACCUGGCGCCACACUUCAUCAACCUGGCCGACCGGACGCAGGACAAGCUCUCUGAGUCCAGCUGGGCCGUGGGGUUGCUGAAGGCUCUCCAGGGAGUCAUCACUGAGGCCCCGCUCGCCCAGCUUACUUCACAAGAUCUGAGCCGGCACCUCAAGGUGCUGGCUCGAGUGGCAGAGGAAGGAGAGAUCCCCCAGCACAGCACGCUCCGCUUCCUGUCCAGCGUCAUCACUCCGUCGUCCUCGUGCCUGUGCGCGAUUGGCAACUGGCGUCUGGGGAACAGCCUGCUGGCGGUCUGUCGCCGCCUCCUGGUCCACCCGAGCCUGGACUCGCUGCUCAUGCCUCUGGCCGACAUCCUGCAGCAUCUCGCCUGCCGCUACGGAGACACGGACGUCCAGGACCACGCCCGCCUCUACUACACCCUUCUGACCACGCUGUCCAGGGAGAAGCUGGCCGCCGUUUUGGCCCAGGGUUCCACCGAGGGAGGGCGGCAGGUCAAGAAGCGGUCGCUGUCGUGCAUCAUGGUUGAGAGUGAGAGGCUGACGAGCAUGCUAACCAUUCACCAGACGGAGAAAACGAUAUUCAAGCUGAUUGAGGCCCAGUCUGAGCCACGAGAAGGAACGCAAACUGAUAAAGGAAGUGACCUGAUCCAGAACGAGACGGAGACCUGCCCAGGAGAGGCCAGCGCAGCGCUGGAAGUAUACAGAGCUCAGUUUGACGUCCCUGGCUUUGCCUCCGAUAUCACCUUAAACUACCAGCUGGCUCACACCGAAGCCGAAGACCCCCGCUUUGAUCGGCUCUUCAGCAUCCGCGUCCACUUCAACCUCACAGACAACCACUACGAACAAUUGGGAGACAUCAGCGUCCCGUGUCUGUUCAGAGAGAGGCCGUCGCCAACCGUCCAGCUGAGGCUGAAGCCCAGACGGCCCUACCCCACCACCCUCCACGCCAGCGCCAUCUUGACCACCCAGGACGGCCUCUCCUGGCUCACCACCCUGCCACACAUCCACGUGGCUUUCCAGCAGGCCUUCGCACCACUGCCCGCUCCUCCGGCCUGCGGACAACGCGGCAAACUGUGCUUGUUUGACGGUUUAUGGGAUGAAAUCAGCUCCAAAAGCGGAGAGGACCUGGACGACUGUGCUACCAGCCUGUUCUGCUGCCCGCUGAAGGAGGCAGCUCUGAUCGCCUUGGUGGAGGAACACUUCCUCCCUUACCUUUUAUCAGAUCGCUCCGAUAAAGAAGAGUUCAAAGUGCUUUUCUUCCUCCCGCCACAGUCUCACGUGCUGCUGAAGAUCAGGUCCGAGGACCCUGUGCACUUCAACAUCGCCACAGAUAACUGGCAGCUUCUGCGUUACAUAAGUUCUUAUCUACUGACAAUCACGUCCACACAGGAAGACGCUGUGACUGACUGACUGGGAGGUAUCUCACCGGCUUGUUUUAAAGAAAUAUAUAUAUUUAAAAGCUGAUUUUUAACAAAGUAAUUUUUGUCAGUGCUUUAUUAACUCCACAAUUGUACUUGAAAUGAAAUUGCUGAAGACAGUUGAUUUAAAAUAAAGUUAUUGCACUUUAAUUUGCUUGACCUGAAAUUAAACAAAUGUGUAAAGUAUUUUGUAAUUUA